GUCAAUGAGGGGAGGGAGCGCUGUCUGCCGCGUAAAGGGCCUGGGGGGAUAGAAGAACCCCGGACAACGGACAGGGGAGUAAGUGCGGCAAGUGGACUACCUGGUGACAAGAGACAUCGCAGCGCCGAAGGGCGAAGCAAAGAGAAGUCGCCGAAGUUGAAUCGAGUUUACCAAGUGGCUUCCCUCUGAGUGGUCUGACCUUCACGGGAGGGAUUGUAAGUGUCCCUUGGGCAGACUGCAAGCGUGCGCCAUGGCGUCACGCAUUGGCCUGCGGAUGCAGCUCAUGCGAGAGCAAGUACAGCAAGAGGAACAACGGGAGCGCAUGCAGCAGCAGGCAAUGAUGCAUUACAUGCAGCAGCAGCAGCAAAUGCCAAUGGUUGCAACUCCUGCUAUCAACACACCAGUAAAUUUUCAGUCCCCACCCUCUGUGCCCGGAGAAGUCUUAAAGGUUCAGUCUUUUCUGGAGAACCCUACAACAUACCACUUGCAAAAGUCAAGGGACAAGAAGGUCCAAGAAUACCUGUCUGAAACCUAUGGGAACAAGUUUGCUCCUCUGCUCAGUGCUCCUUCUCCCAAGCCUCCUCCUUCAGCCUCACCUGGUGUCCGGCCAAGCCAUGUUAUGUCCUCUUCUGCAGGCAACAGCACCCCAAACAGUCCAAUGGCUAUGCUCAACAUUGGCUCUAAUCCAGAGAGAGAGAUAGAUGACGUCAUCGAAGACAUCAUGCAGCUGACGACUACUGUGGGAUGUAUUAAUCCAGAAAUUCAUGGGCCCAGUACUCUGCCACUAUCCAGCAGCCAUAUGAAUGUGUACAGCAGUGACCCUCAGAUGACACCCUCUUUGGUUGGUGUCACCAGCAGCUCCUGUCCUGCUGAUCUUACCCAGAAGAGAGAGCUCACAGAUGCUGAGAGUCGUGCUCUGGCAAAGGAACGUCAGAAAAAGGACAAUCAUAAUCUGAUUGAAAGAAGACGAAGGUUCAACAUCAACGACCGUAUUAAAGAAUUAGGAAUGCUGAUCCCUAAAGCUGGAGACUUGGAUGUACGCUGGAACAAAGGGACAAUUCUGAAGGCCUCUGUGGAUUACAUCAGGAGGAUGCAGAAAGAUCUGCAGAAGUCACGUGAUCUGGAGAAUCAUUCUAGGCGCCUGGAAAUGGCAAACAAGCAGCUCUGGCUCCGCAUACAAGAGCUAGAGAUGCAGGCUCGGGUCCACGGGCUGCCAGCCACUUCACCCUCUGGCGUGAAUGUGGCUGAAUUGGCUCAUCCGGUUGUAAAACAAGAGGUCUCUGGAGAGGAGGGUACACCAACAGAGAUCCAACAGCAGCCACCACUACAUCCCGAUCAGGAAACCCGGCAUCAACCUUCCUAUGCUCCUCCACAGUCCCCAUACCAUCAGCUGGACUUUAGUCACAGCCUGACCUUUGAUGACAACUCCAGAGGAUUCCAUGACCCUCUGGACCCCAGCCAAAAUGUUUCCUUCCCUUCCUUGUCCAAGAAGGAGCUGGACUUGAUGUUAAUGGAAGAUACCAUGCUGCCUGUGGCAUCCGACCCCUUGUUCUCAGCUGUGUCUCCUGAGGCUUCAAAGGCUAGCAGUCGCAGAAGCAGCUUCAGUAUGGAGGACACAGACAUGCUGUGAUUGGAAUUGUCUAAAGGGGAAAAGACUAGGAGUCAAAUAUUGUUGUGAAGAUUUCUUUCUCUGCCUUAUCCCUGCAGACCUCCUCAAGGGUUGCAGGGCUAAACAGAAAUGCAUCCUGAACAGGAGGCUAUUUGUGCUGGGGAUGGGUGUCAGCACAAGGAUUAAUCUUGGAACAUUAACCCUCCAAGUUUCCCUGCUGCCGCAGCUUGCCAAAAACAGAGUGCUCCUGCCUCAUUUGCCAUGGCCACAGGAAAAUCAUGCUCUUGCAAUCCCCUCUCAGGCUCUGUGAUUCCUGCAGGUGUUUCUUGGGUGCCUUCAUGCCAUGUGUUCUGCAAAAUCUCCUUGACAACAUCUUGGUGUAGAUGAUGACUAAGCAACAGUUUGUCCUGUCUGAAAAGCAGCUUUGACUGAGGCUUGAUGUUAAUAUAUUCUUGCAGACCAAUGUGUUCCGAAAGGGUCUCUGUGCCCCUUGCUCUUCCCUUCUCCGCCUCCUCAGCUUCUGUCACCAGGAAGAUGAGAGCAAUGGCUUGCUUGUGAUAUGCUCUUACGUUGGGGUUCCUUUCCUCAAAAUAGGGCAGAGAUAUCCAGUACACUCUGCAGGAGGGAGGGUGUGGUGCUAUUGGCUAAAAGUGUGUGAUAGGUGGCUUUGUAUGAAUCCCGUGGUGCGACGGAGCUAUAGUAUUUGAACUCUCACAGAAUCUUCCCAAAGUUAGAUGCUCACAUUGGAUGUAGCAAUCUUAUUUAACUUAUUUUCAGGCUUUAAAAAUGCACACUCCAUUAAAGCACAUUUCAGAUUGCUGGUCAGAGCUCAGGCUUUUGGAAUCUCAUUUUGGAUUGCAUCUUUUGCUUAGUCUUUUUUGCCUACAAUCCAAAGUAGCCACAUGUGUAUGUGAGGGAGAAGUGGGUGUACACUUGAAGGCAUUUUGAAAGUUUUUUUAUCCUGCAGCAAUUGAUCUAGCAGAACAGUCAAGCUGUUUUUAAAAAAUUUAAAAUCAAGGUGGGCACUAUAAAAACUUUUGAAGUACCUCUGUCUUUGUGUAUACUUCUCCUUCAGCUAGGAUUGUAGUUUUUGUCCACAUUGAGUGUCCAUAUAAAGUACUGAGGCCACUGGCCAUCUUUGUAACUUGGAAUCCUCUUCCUGCCAGCCCAUUGUAUUGUUGCCUUUGAACUAAGUGUUAAGAGUUGUGCUGCAUAUUUUUAGAGGCUUACAAAACCCAUUUUUUCCCAAACCAAUCUUGUUCCUGAGAGAAACAUCUUGACUCCUCAUAUAUUUUAUUCUCUUUCUUUCACCGAGUAGCUCAGGUCAGCAUAUGUUCUUCUCCCUUCCCCAUUUUACCUUCUCAACUACACUGUGAUGUAGCUUAGGUUGAGAGACUGUGACUUGACCUAUGUAAACGAAGGAGCUAUAAAGUGAGUAGUAGUUGGGGGAUUUUUAGCUGGGUCUCCAGAUUCCUGCUUUGCACCACUUUAUUUAAACUUGUUCAGUAAACCAGUGUAAACUUAGCAGUGACCUGUUAUGAAUUAACUCUAAGGGGAGAUUCAUUCAUACGCUUGUGCUAAACGUCUGUGUUUGGGGGGCUGCUGUUUCUUUAUACGUGCUGUUUCUUUACACUUUUUUCUAAGUAAGUAAAACACCAAGGAAAAGCAGCUACUUUCUGAUACUUUUAGUGGCUACCAUAAAUGGGUGAUUUGCACAUGUACUUAUUAGAGAUGGGCACGAACUGAAAUAUGAACCAAAGUUCGUGACGAACAAGGCUGGUUCGUGGUUCGCGAGCUGGUGGUUCAUCAGAGCCCAUUUCUGAUGAACCACCAUGGACUUUAAGCCGGUUCAUUUGGUUCAUUUUUUUGGUUUGUCACUGCAGACAGCCUGGCACCGAUCAGUUUCCUAGGCAACGGGGGAUGGACUUCCUGCAGACCUUCUGCUGACCCAGAAGUGGCCUUCUGCUGACCUGGACGUGAUGAUUUGCUGACCUUGAUGUGACAUUUUCACAAACCAAACGAACCGGGGACAGGUUCGUGAAAGUUCAUGGUUUGUGGUUCAUGAAAUGCGAUGAACCACGAACUUCACGGUUCAUUUUUUUUCUGGUUCAUGCCCAUCUCUAGUACUUAUAUUUGGUGAUGGGAAAUACCAAGUGCAUACAAUUCUUCUGCCUCUGUAUUUCCUGUUUGGAACUCUUGCAUAAUUCAAAUGAAGAUCGAGCAAAUGCAGCAAAUAACCCCCCCCCUUUCAUUUUAUUCACCACUGGUUGAACGGAAUAACUUCUAUCAGUUCAGAAACUGUGUAGGCUGGCUUAUUUUCAUAGCUUUAUAUGAGUGUUCUGGUACUUGGAGUCUCUUAAAUAAUCACUAAAUGGCAGAUGUGCAGGCUGGAGCGUAGUUUGCAAAAAGAAUCAAAUAAUCUUGGAUGGCUUGACAGUGACUGAAUUUUAUGCCUGCUACCAGCCCCUCACUUUCUCAGGGCAUUUUGAUCAGGACUCCAAAUAUUUCCAGUCAAUCUUAUGAAUGUUGUACCAAGAAACUCCGGUGAACCUGUCUUCUUUCCAGUUCUUCAGACUGGUAGCCUAGGAAAUUCUGAAGAUGCCAAGAUGCCACCUACCAAUCUAGCACCUUGUGUAUUUUGCACCUCAUACAUGCUGUCAGUUUAGAGGGGCUUGGCUUGAUUUUUUUUUACAAGACCAAUAGCCUCGGUGCCUGAAUAUAAAGCAAUCAAAGGGCGGUUCUUGGAGAAAGUGUUUCUAUUUAAUUUUCAGUGACAUUGAGGUAGACCAUAGUCUAUCUUCUGUUUUUGCAUUUUGUGUCCUUAAGCCUGGAAAAUUUUGCAUAGCCCUUGGUUCAUACUAAGAAGUCCUCCAGACUGAUUCCUAUUGGACUGUCCUCAAUCUAAAAUUUCAAGUUAAUGACUCUUUGAUAUGAUAUGUCUUUAAGUUGCAAAAAUAAGUGGCUAGAUUGGGGUGCAGGGUAGUGUUUGUUUGUUUGGGAAAGUGCCAUGUGGUAUUUUAAAUGUGUUAGUCUAUUUUUAGUUUUUUUGAUAACUUACAUGUACAUCUUAAGGCCUUAUUAAUGCUACCUACAAUCCAUCUCUGAAUUUGGAUCUGUAGAAAAAAGGAGAGAAAUUUAUCCAUUGAUCCUAACUUUGCUCAAGAUGCUUAUCCAAGGAUAUAAUAAUUACAAGAAUAAUUAAAUGCUAUCAAUUCGCAACUGACUUAUGGCAAUCCCUCAAGGGGUUUUCAAGGCAAGAGAUGAGCAGAGGUGGUUUGGCACUGCCUCCCUCUGCAUAGUAACCCUGGCCUUCCUUGGUGGUUUCCCAUCCAAAUCUAUGAAGGAGCUGAUUUUAAUAUCUCGGCAGGGAGCUCCUCCAUCUCUGAUACAGUUCUUGUUUGUAGAGUUUUUGAUUCCAGAACCAGGAGUCAUUUUAUCAAAGAGCCAUGAAAUAGCUUAUUCCUCUGAGACUAACUGGUGCCUUCGGUCUCCUCUGAGAGUAUGACUGAUAGGUUCAUUGGUUCUUUGUCACGGUCAAUCCCAGCUUUGUUUAUAUGCAUCGCAUGAGAUUCUGGCAAGUCUUUUUUUUUUCAAUUGCAGUGGUGUAGUGUCCCACCUGUGUAUAGAAACAGGGAAAGGAUAGUCUUAUUGAAGGGGGGAUAGGAGAGGAGGAAGAAGUGGCUUCUAAGGAUCUUUUUAAAAACUCAGCAAAAAGUUCACAAAAUAGUAUUUACAUUUUUUUUGUUUAAAGUAUAGCAGCAUGAGCAUUCCAGUGUUGUGACUGUAUAGCAGGGCAAUGUACAGCAUCCAAAGAAUUAACAAAAAUAAUCACCUUAAAAAUAUGUCGUUGGUUUCUACAUGAGUGGAAAGAGUGCUGUGUCACUUGCUGCUAAUCAGCUCCUAAGACAUUCUUCAUAGCAGUCACACAAAUAGUGGAUGCACUAUACAGAGGUUUUUGUCCCAGGUUGUUAGGGAAUGUCAUCAAUGGUAGAAUUCAGGUGAGAGAUCAUGACGUUCUAAAAUGGGUGUGUCCCAAGAUUUUGGUAAAGCCAUAUCAAAUCUGCAUCAAGUUCACCCACAGGGCCUGUUAUAGUAUUUUCAGUGCCACUGCACUUUUGGAUUAGUGAGAUACCUAUAUUCUGAAUGUAUUUCAACCAUUUUGUGCCAAGACACCAUCUCAUCCACUAUCACCAUUUUGUUGCCUAACACUACAUUUGAUUUCCAUGUUCAAUUUUGCAUAAUUUAAAAUCAGAAGAGUUAAUGCUAUGAAACUAAUGAUGCUGUAUCAUCUUAUAUGAAAUCUGCAUUCACGUGAACAUUUAAACAUUUACUUCAUUUAUGCCACACCUUUCUCUUCAGUGGGGACCCGAAGUGUCUCCUCUCUUCCUUUUUAAUCCUUACAACAGCCCUGUCAAGUAGAUUAGGCUGAGAGUGUCAUUGGGGAAAGGGCUCCCAGAAAGCUUACAUUGCAGAGAAGAAAUUCAAACCUGGGCCCCCCAGAUCCUAGUCCAACAUUCUAACUGUUACACCACACUGGUUCAUCUGGAGCUUUAAAUAACCAAGAAAGCAAUAAGGGCUGGAACGAGGCAUGUUUUCUUUGGCCCACAACAAUCAUAAAUAUCACACUGAGUGGGCUGUGAUUAUUCUAGUAUCUUGCAUGCUUGAUGGAUGGUGCCUGUAAUGUUACUGCAACCACAAAUCCUCUUCAUGCUGUUUUCAAAAAUGUAAAUGCUUUGCUAGACCCCUCCUCCCUUAGUUAUUACUUUUCCUUUGGAAGCUGUGUUUACCCAUCCCAUAGCAAUGGAGAGAAUACAUGUAGCCCUGCUAUGUUAACACACAGUGUAACUCUCCACGGCAAGGCUGUCUCUGUCCCCUUUCAGUAGGUGGGGAUAGAGUAUCGCCCUAGGGGCCCUGGACUGGAACUUGCACUGCUUCUACACUUAACAAAAGCAAAUGUCAUUUUACUCAUCCAGGAAAGCACACAUAGGGUAGAUAAGCAGUUACCACACAAAAUACUGUCUGAUUGAUUUAAUACCAUAGUGCCUGUUGCGAAACUGGAAUAUUAUAAGGGGGAGAAACAUUCCCUCUGGACUUACUCAGGAAGACUUUAUGAGAGGGAAUCAGACUGUGUUAACUCAGUGACAGCCCAGUCUUUCAAAGUCUGAACCUCUACAUGCCAGAGUUCUUUGCCAACAGAUUUAUAUAUUUUUUAAUAUUACUGAUAAAGCGUUAUCUUGUCUAGGUUUACAUCAACUGACUAGUGGGCUUCUUCCAAAUAAGAUGUGUAGGCCCUUUUACCUUCUGUUUUUGAGACACUGUGUAUAUACCCUUAAGCUAGAGAGGAUUGUUAACUGUUGCCAAGAGCCUGUGGCUAUUCAGGUUUCAUUAUCUGCAGCAAAAUGCUUAGCACAUGGUUAGUGCUGCUCGGGUGUUGUGCAUCUGUGGGGCCUCAUGCACUUGGCCCCCAUGAUGAUGUCAAAAUCCAGAUGAUUUAAGAGACCCUGGUGGACAGGAAGGAAGGUGUUAGAAAGGUGAAGAGAGCUGAUGCUUUUUAAUGACUUUAUAAACAGCUCCUAAGGGGAGAAGGCAUAUUUAGAGAGAACUUCUGUUGGUAAGUGGAAUACACUGAAAGAAGGAUCAGUUCUACUUAGUAGUUAUGGGGGUAGGAAGGAAUUGUUUAUUGCAAGGCUUUUUCUCAAUCCACUGCAAGUAUUCUGUAUUUGAACUACAUGUUCAUGAAGUGCGUCUGUGGGUAGCACAUAUAUUAUAGUGGGUGCUUAACUGAUUAAAAGAGAUGGUACAGCAACAAGAUGUGAAUAUAAUAUUUGCUGAAAAGAACCACUUAGGUUGCUGCCUCUAUUCUCAGGAUUUAAAACUGUGGCACACUUAUAUUCCCUGCUUCUCUGAACAUAAAAUGGUAGAAUCUGCAAACAAAACAAAACCUGGGAUUUGGAGUAUUAAUGUCCAAUCUGCAUGUUGCCAUGUCCACUUUAACUCUAUAUACUUCAGAGCCAGUAGACUUUGAAAAGCAUAUACAUUUGGAAUUACUAGAAAAUAAAAGCCAUUUAUUCUUUUCUAAAGGCAUGUAGUUUGAUGCCUCAGUUACCACUGUUGAGCAAUUUAAAGGAACCUGAUUUUCAGAAAGCCCUGCACUUAAAGCUCUUGUCUUCUCAACAGUGAGACUCUGUUGAGAUGUCUCAUGCAGAAUACUAUAAAUUAGUGGCCAUACUUUUGGAAAUUUUAAGAUUUUAUGUUCGCUUAUCCUUAUCUCCCCACCCCAUGCUAUCUUAUGCUAUAGCACAGCAUGCUUUGUUGACUAUAUGAUGAUGUUGUGUACAUUGUAUACGCAACAAGAUUUAAAUCUUGAUUGAUGCAGUGUAUAUUAUAUCUAGUUCCCAACUGGAAUAGGCAGAAGGUACCAUUUUACUGAAGUCUCUUCCAGUGUGAGAAGUGAGGGGCUGACUCUGUUGUGAGAAGUAGUACAAAUUUUUAAAAGAAUGUUUUUUAAAAAAAUAAAUAAAAAUGCACCAUGCUCUGAUUCUGAAAUGUUACUACUGUUUUAUAAAUAAAUGUAUAAAAUAAUGGACUGG